AUGAUUUUAUCCACGGGUGAUGCUGGCCAGCAGGGUUUACCCGGGGCAAACGACAAAAAUCGUUUGUAUGAUCUUAGUGUGGAAAGGGAUAGCGGACACGAAUUCCGUGGUUCUGUCGGCCGUACUACGAACUCGUCAUCAUCAUCUGCAUCUUCAGGCCUAUCUAGCGGUUUAUCAUCGGCAGCCACAAGCUUUUUGACCAGCAUUAUUAACCACAAAGUUCAAGCUCUGACUCGUGCCAUAACAACUGGCUUUAGUUCUAGCCCUACACGUGGUGGUAGUGCUACACGCACUGCCUCUAGUAGCUCAAGCAGUUCAAGUAGCUCCAGUAGUUCCAGUUCCUCCAGUGGUGGUUUCGGUUUGAUAACCAGUUUGUUUGCUGGUUCAUCAGGUGGUGGAUCCAGUGGUGGUGGUAUUCUUAGUGGAAUAAUAAGUGGCAAACUGGGAAGUCUGAGUGGCACCAUUUCAAACGGCGUUAUAUCAGGUGGUGGCAGCUCAGGUUGCAGUAACUCUGGCAGUGGUAGCGGUGGUAGCUCUGGCAGUUCAUGUGGCGGUAGCUCCGGAGGUGGCAGUUCGAACGGUGGAAAUACUGGGGGUGGUUCUUCCAAUGGUGGCACCUCAGGAGGUGGUGGUACUUCAGGAGGUAGCCAUUCGGGUGGUGGUACUUCAGGAGGUAGCCAUUCAGGUGGUGGCACUUCAGGCGGUGGUACUUCAGGUGGUGGAACUUCAGGCGGCGGCACUUCUGGCGGUGGCACUUCAGGCGGUGGCACUUCAGGCGGUGGCAUUUCAGGUGGCGGUAGUAAUACUUCUGAAGAGGACGAAGAUGAGGAUUCAGGAAAGAGUUCUACGACACAAGCUACUAUCACCAGCACCACACAGAAGGCUACAACCACCUCAACAGCUACCAUGGCUUCUACCACCAGCAGUACGGAAGGAGACAAAAAUGAAGGUUCCAGCUCAACCUCAACUGAAACUAGUUUCACUUUCUCUACAUCCACAGGUUUCGUAACAGAAGAAAGCACUACCACCACCGGUGGUAGCUCUAAUACAAAUGGUUACGAAUAUAGCACAUCCGAAAUGACAGCUACCACUUCAGCAGGAUCUGGUAAUGAAGGUUCAGGCUAUACUUACACGACAACCACCGACACUUCAAGUGGUGGCGACAAGGAUUCGGGCUAUAACUACUCAACAAGCACCGAAUCCACAAACGGCUCAUCCACAACCGAAGAAGGCAGCAAUGGAGGUUAUAACUACUCUUCAUCCACCGAAGAGAGUUCUAGCGGUGGUGGAAAUGGUUACAAUUUCUCAACGUCGACUGAAGUGAGCACUGGCACAGAUUCAUCUUCAAAUGGUUACAACUAUUCACAAACAACUGAUGGUACAAUCACCAAUGGCCAUAAUGGCAGUGGUUAUGACUAUUCAGGUCCAAAAGAGAACAGAACCAAUGGAGAUUAG